GAUGCUGGUCCGUGCUACUGGGUGCGCCAUAUUGGCUGGCUUACAUGGGGAGUGGAGUUGGACAAGCAGCUUGAAAAACCAAACCCGUUUCCGGACAUGAAGCACUUUGAGGAUAACAAGUAAAUCAUCGCGGUAGGAUUUAUUUGUUUCCUUAGGUGCAGAGUGUUUAAUUUGCCACAUUGCUCGCCAUUUCCCCGUGAAGAGGUUCUCGGCAAACUCGAGUCCAAUGGAUCCCAGGACCGCUUGGAUCCAGCCGGAGCAGAAGGGACCUGCCAAUUCCCUGUGGAUGCACAUUUGGGAAACCUCUCAGGGAUUUGGAGCACACUCCGGCAUCGACAACCACCUUCACCACCAACGCAACUUUGCAGCGCAAAAUUCAAACUCCACGGACUCAAACGGCGAGUAUUGCAAGAAUGUAGCGCUGCUGCCGCCGCCGCCGCCGCCGCCGCCGGGGGUUGUGUUUGGGAAGCUGCCGAGGCGAGACGGCGGCGGAGACAGGGGAAGUGUCCGGAGGAAGGGCUCGUUGUCGCCGUCCUCUUCCUCUCUGGACUCGGAGGCCGAGAGCUCCUCGCCUUCCGGCUCCUCUCUGCGGAUCGACAAUUUGAACGUUGCGGAGGAGGCCAGCCGGUUCCUGCACUACGGCGAGCACGAGUUGAACGAGAACAAUCUCAGACAGCAGUAUCCCCCUCCGCCUUUUCACGCUGUUCAGCAACACUGUCGCAGCAUGCAACAAUCUAACGGCCACACCCCCACGGGGAUGAAAAAUCAGCACGGGAGCAAGCACCAACACUAUCAGUCACAUUCAUCCGGCCGCAGGAGGCAUCUGAACAGAGCCAACACUUUCCACGGCAUCAACCCGCUCCUGUCCUACGGCUGCAAUGGCCCGUAUGUGGACUCCUCUUGUAGCCUGUGGAAAACCAGGCGGUACAGCCCGGGCAUUAAUGGUCUGCAUGAAGAGAUAUUGGACUUUUUCAACUUCAUGUCACCACGACCAGAGGAGGAGGCCAUGAGAAGAGAUGUCGUGAACAGAAUAGAAAGUGUCAUCAAGGACUUGUGGCCCACGGCACGGGUGGAGAUAUUUGGCAGCUUCAGCACAGGACUUUAUCUUCCAACAAGUGACAUUGACCUGGUGGUGUUUGGAAAGUGGGACCAUCCUCCACUGCAGGAACUGGAACAAGCCCUGAAGAAACACAAUGUCGCUGGCCCAUAUCCCAUCAAGGUCCUCGACAAAGCUACAGUGCCAAUCAUCAAGCUUACUGACCAUGAAACAGAGGUGAAAGUGGACAUCAGCUUCAAUGUAGAAACUGCUGUGAAAGCAGCACAGUUCAUCAAAAGCUACCUUAAGAAGUACACAGUUCUGCCACCACUUAUCUUCGUCUUGAAGCAGUUCCUACUGCAGAGGGAUCUGAAUGAAGUCUUCACUGGAGGCAUCAGCUCUUAUAGCCUUAUACUAAUGGCCAUCAGCUUCCUGCAGUUACACCCUCGGAUCGACACACGACGUGCCAACAUCAACCUGGGCAUCCUGCUGAUCGAGUUCUUUGAGCUGUACGGCCGCGACUUCAACUACAUGAAAACCGGCAUCCGGGUGAAGAACGGAGGGGCCUACCUGUCCAAGGAGGAAAUGCUCAAAGCCAUGGGGAAUGGAAACCGCCCAUCCAUGCUCUGCAUAGAAGAUCCAAUUCAGCCAGGAAAUGACGUGGGCAGGAGUUCAUAUGGCAUCCUGCAGGUGAAGCAGGUGUUUGACUUUGCCUACAUGGUGCUGAGCCAUGGAGUGUCUCCUCUUGCACGUGCUUACCCCAACAAAGAAUAUGACAGUACUUUAGGACGCAUCAUUAAAGUCAGCCCACAGGUGUUGGCCUACAGGGACUGGACAAUCAAGAAGUGGGGAGCCAAGCAGUAUGCUAAGCUGGAGAACCAUGCAGUAUUCUGUGCGGUCCUAGAUGUAGAGGCCUGUGAGCAGGACCUUGCCAGGCUGAUGCUGGUUUCUGUGGAGGAUCAGAGAGACAGUUCCUCCCCCCUCAGCGCUGACUCCUCCUCACCUUCGCCAGUCUUCCUUCCCAGCCCUCAACACCAUUCAUCCUCAUCCUCGGCAUGCUCGCUCUCCUCCUCCUCCGGAAGUGACAUAGAGUCUGAUUCUCCGCCGAGCAGUAAUGCUGCUAUCCAACUCCACCCCCUCACCCUGGCCUCAGUCCAUCCAAUAAUCCAGAUGGCUACUGACCUUAGGGCCACACAUCCAGCAGGCUUUAUUCAUGCCACACCACAGGUCCAGAUGUCCCUCCCAGAAAACCUAACCAUCCCCUCCCUUUCUGAUUGCCAGUUCUACCAUGAGAAUCCACCUUCAAUCAGUGUUGUGCACCGUCACGCAUCACAAGCUGCACAAGUCUCCCAGCACAACAACUCCACAAGUCCUAUCCCCAGCCCCCUCCACCGGCUCCACCACCCUCAGGUGGGAGGGCAGCAGAGUCACACUUACACCAUGAGAUCCAAUUCCAAUGGUUCCAUUGAGCCGCACAAAUUUACCUUCAAGCACAACCAUGGUGGCAGCCUCCGAGGUCAAAACCACUCUCAAGGUAACUUCAGUCCCCAGCGGCGGUUUGUUCCCCAGGGUCAUAACACGGCACCGGGCUUCAGGAACCAGCAGCAGUACAACCGUAACACCUGGCGACGCAGAAAGAGGGACAAUCUUCCUGCUCUCAACCAGAGUAGAUGAAAGACUAAAGGCGCAGGAUUCGACAUCACUCGUACUAGCAGUUGAAGGCCUCACUCAGCCCCUCAUGAGUCUUUGAGUUGAGAAGCUGUGAGUGAUUCAUGAAACCUAUUUUUUUUUUGUUGGAGGCUCUCAAAAAUGCACCUACAUCGUGCUGGAAUUCCCGAGUCUCCGCGAGUCGUCUCCCAAGGUGUCGAAUGAUCGAUCUCUGCUAGCAUUGUGCAAGCACUAAGUGAUGCUGCAGGGCUCUUGUAGGUGAAAGAAAACUGUAAAAUGCUUAACCGUGGUCAUUUUGUUACAUCAGUCUGAUGGUAGUCAGAGCCCUUCCUCUAAAUUUGAUGUACACCAGCACAGACUUUGAGUUAAAUGAGGAAUUACUGAUUCCAAGACUUGAGUUUUCUCACCAGUGUCACUUCCUAGCAGCUAAAAUCUGCAGCUGGUUGGCUGAAGAGUUUGAUCAAGUAUUGAGUUUCCAUGCAAAUUCAACUUAGAACAUCAUGUGCCAUAGUACUGAAAUGGUUUGUCAAACCUGGUCUCUCUCAAACAUUUGGGCCUUUUUGAUGAGGUUUGGGGCUCGUUUGGUCUUCUGAAUGCCACUCCCUAUUAGCACGCUCUUGAUUCAGAGCUCUUACAGCUUUGACGAUCAUUUGCGAAUCGUACUCUGGACUGAGGCAAAGCACUACCUUUCUACCUAUGCAGCGCAACGCUGACAUGAUGUUUUUGGUGUGACGGCACAAAACUGACCUUGUCUCAAGUGCUUAAACUGUGAUGACUUGUUUGAAUGUACUAAGUGUUUCUUUUUGUUUGUUAGUCAAUAUCCUUUGUUCUCUUGUUUUUGUCACUGAGGGAUUUUUUUGUUCACAUUGGCACUAUGUUUUUGUACUGUAAACAUUGCCACCUUAUUUUAAGUUUGUUGCAUUUAUAUGCAAUAAUGACUUGCUUUUAUUUAAUUUAUUUCACAUUUUAGUUUUAUUUUAGGGGUUCUCCCCACUAUAAGUUCGCUUUUUUUGAUUCUAGACUACAUUGAUCUGUGCAAUAGAUGGAUUUAAGGGCCUUGAAGGAAUGUGUUUGUGUGUGAACAGCUUUCCAGUAGAGGGGGGAGCUAUGGUAUAACAACAUGAGAAAUGUGCCAAAAAUCCCAUGAUGCCAACAUUUUACUCAUGUUUAAUUAACCAUCGCAUUAUAAUCACUUGAACUUCUGCCAACUGCCUGUCCAAAUGUUUUUCCACCACUAGUUCUCAUUUUAAGCAUAUCACUCUUCUCAGUGGUUUGACUUUUAUUUGGGUGUAUUUCCUCUUGAUAGACCACAGACUGUACUGGGGAAAAUGCACCUUUAGCAGUCUUUUACUCAUGUCAUUUCAAAAAUUAGGUUUCCAAAAUAGUUGGUGCUACUUAUUACCAGCAAAGUGCUUCUUUUCUGCCUUUAUAUCUCCUUUUGAUUCUGUUAAAGCAACAGGUUAACUGCCUUUGUAAAUGACCAAAUCUGCCCUUUUUUUCCUGUAUGUAGCCGAAGCUUUCUGUCUUUGUUUCUAUAAGCACUGUCAGGGUUACUUGGCUUUUAUUUUUACAUACAGCUUCUAGGUGUAUGCUCCAGAAGCAGACUCCUACUGUAGUCAUUGAUUGUUGGCAUUUGCAUCACGUCACUUUUUUUUUUUUUUUUUUAAAUUUGAAGGUGAUAGCUACAAACUGGUUGUGUGGGAGGUCCUUACAUUUCAGGGGCUUUCCUCUACAUAUUUAAAGUCAGUAUUCCUAAAACAAGGUUUCAAAGCUACAUAAUUUACACAGCAAUCUAUAAGAGGACUUGAGCUUGGGACAUCACAGAUUCACCGUUACAGGAGUUUUGGUAGAGCCAUUAACAAAACCAAACUUUGGUGAAGUCAUGUGUUUUCAAAAGUCUGAUCAUUGUAACACCCUCGGUAUCAAACUGAUGGACUCAACAUGAUACUGCUUGCAUUAUCCGCUUGUUUUCAGUGCGGCUUUUUCAGUAAGCCGCCUAAAGGAUAAUCGAUUGGUUGUUACAUCUCUUUUGCCACAAACCAAAUCCCCAGCUCAUAUCUGUGUAAUUAAGGAUGGGUUGUAAUGUGUAAAUGACUGACAUAUAGAUGUAUACCUUGUUUUUUUUUAUGUAAGUUUUUCUAUUUUUUUAAUAAACAUUUUAAAACUCCA